AACCUUCACUUGUUGACUGACAGGAUUUAAUAGAUUGUGAGAUCGAAGUGUACAGCAUAUGGCAAUGUUUUGACCAGAAUGGAUCCUCAGGCUUUUAUUAGGCUGUCAAUAGGGUCGUUGGGGUUGAGACUCUCUGGGACAACUUUAAAUGGUACAAAAUCAGGGAUAAGUGCACUCUCUUCUCCCUGUGUAUGCGAGAUCCGUCUUCGAGGUUUCCCUGUACAGACAUCAUCUGUUCCCUUUAUUUCCUCACCUGAAGCUACUGUGGAUAAUUACAACGUUGCAUCCAGCUUUUAUCUUGAAGAAUCUGAUUUGAAAGCCUUACUUGAACCUGGAUGUUUUUAUGCGCCUCACGCAUGUCUAGAGAUAGUUGUAUUCACAGGACACAAAGGUGGCCACUGUGGAGUUGGUAUUAAGAGACAGCAAGUUGGGACUUUUAAGUUGGAAGUAGGUCCUGAGUGGGGUGACGGAAAGCCAGUCACUCUGUUUAAUGGCUGGAUAGGAAUUGGCAAGAACAAACAGGAUACUGGAAAACCUGGAGCGGAGCUUCAUUUGAGAGUGAAGCUGGACCCUGAUCCAAGAUAUGUUUUCCAGUUUGAAGAUAAAACGAAACUAAGUCCCCAGAUAGUACAGCUUCAGGGGAACAUCAAGCAACCUAUUUUCAGUUGCAAGUUUAGUCAGGACAGGGUAUCUCCGGUAGAUCCAUUAAAUAAUUUUUGGUCAACUUCAGUUGAUGGUUCUGAACUUGACGUAGAGAAAAGAGAGAGGAAAGGAUGGAAAGUGAAGAUACACGAUCUCUCUGGCUCGGCUGUUGCAGCAGCGUUCAUAACAACUCCGUUUGUGCCAUCGACAGGUUGUGAUUGGGUUGCCAAAUCCAACCCAGGAGCUUGGUUGAUUGUUCAUCCUGAUGUUUGCAGGCCCGGAUGUUGGCAGCCAUGGGGAAAGCUUGAAGCAUGGCGUGAACGUGGGAUCAGAGAUACCAUUUGCUGUCGCUUCCAUCUUCUAUCUGAGGGGCAAGAAAAUGGUGGCGAUCUCCUCAUGUCUGAGAUCUUGAUCAGUGCAGAAAAGGGUGGUGAGUUCUACAUAGACACGGACAGACAGGUUCGAGCAGCAACGAGUCCAUUGCCUAGUCCAAGAAGCAGCGGAGACUUCGCAGCACUAAGUCCUGUUGCAGGCGGCUUUGUCAUGAGCUGUCGAGUACAAGGGGACGGGAAAUGCAGCAAGCCCCUCGUGCAACUUGCCAUGCGACAUGUGACCUGUGUGGAAGACGCAGCCAUUUUCAUGGCGCUUGCUGCUGCAGUUGAUCUUAGCAUAGAGGCAUGCAGGCCUUUUCGCAGAAGGCUACGGAGAAGUAGUCGCCAUUCCUGGUGAUGUAUACACAAUGAUAGGGAAAUACUGAUUGAUCUCCUUCUCUAAUGAAGUAAGCCAAGCCCUUGUUGUUUUUCUCCUGAUUGUUGUAACAACUUGACAUCAUUGUAUAGAACCAACUUAAUCUAUAUUUAUGAACUGUCUUCUCAAAAGUUGGUUCAUUUCGGUU